GAAGGUCAGGGGAGGGCCCACUUCCUCUUGGGGAUGUAACUCAUCUCCUAGAAGGAAGAUCAUCUUCCCCUGCUCGUUAAGCAUCACCAGAGCUCCAAGUGGGUUCUGGUCAGAGGCUGCUGUGAAGACAGCUAGCAGGGGCCAUGACCACCCUCUCUCCUGAAAACAGCCUCUCGGCCAGACAGUCAGCCUCCUUCAUCCUGGUGAAGAGAAAACCACCCAUUGACAAGACGGAAUGGGAUAGCUUCUUUGACGAGAACGGCCACUUGGCCAAGUCCCGUGACUUCAUUUGUGUUAACAUCCUGGAAAGGGGCCUGCACCCCUUCGUGAGGACAGAGGCCUGGAAAUUCCUCACCGGCUACUACUCGUGGCAGAGUUCCCAGGACGAGCGGCUCACCGUGGACAGCAUGAGGAGGAAGAACUACGAGGCCUUAUGCCAGAUGUACAAGAAGAUUCAGCCCCUUCUGGAAAAUCUGCACCGCAACUUCAUAGAGACGCGGAAUAACAUUGCACACGACAUUCAGAAACUCUACGACAAAGAUCCCCUGGGCAACGUGCUCAUCAACAAGAAGAGGCUGGAGAAGAUUCUGCUCCUGAGCUAUGUCUGCAACACCCAGGCGGAGUACCAGCAGGGCUUCCACGAGAUGGCGAUGCUCUUCCAGCUGAUGGUGGAACAUGACCAUGAGAUCUUUUGGCUCUUCCAGUUCUUUCUGCAAAAAACGGAGCACAGCUGUGUCAUCAGCAUCGGGGUGGGCAAGAACCUGGAUAUGCUCAAUGAUCUCAUCACCUUCCUGGACCCUGAGUUUGCUGAGCACCUGAAGGGGAAGGGCGCAGGGGCUGUUCAGUCCCUUUUCCCCUGGUUCUGCCUCUGCUUCCAGCGUGCCUUCAAGUCCUUUGACGAUGUCUGGAGGCUCUGGGAGGUGCUGCUGGCCGGGAAGCCCUGCAGGAACUUCCAGGUGCUGGUGGCCUACAGCCUGCUGCGGAUGGUGCGCGAGCGGGCGCUGCGCGAGAGCAUGAGCGGGGACGACAUCCUCCUGGCCUGCAACAACCUCAUUGACCUUGAUGCCGAUGAACUCAUCUCAGCGGCCUGCAUGGUUUAUGCUGAGCUCAUGCAAAAAGAAGUUCCUCAGACCCUGAGGGAUUUCUUUCUCUGA